ACCAUCCAUUGAUAUAGCUUGAACUAACAUGACCCUUGCCAUAAUUUCUCUAAUUAUAUUCUACAACUCUCUCUCUUGUUUAGAUGCCACUGAUCUUCAACCCAGAAAAAGGAAACCAAACACUUCCUCUGGCGUUUAUCCUCCUGGACUUUAAUACUGAGGAUCUACAUAUUUUAUAUUUUAUGUUGUUUCUAGCUAUCUAUAUUGCAACCAUAGCUGGCAACAUCCUCAUUGUUAUUCUGGUGGUCAUUGAUCAGCACCUUCACACCCCCAUGUACUUCUUUCUGGGGAACCUAUCCUGCCUAGAGACCUGCUAUAGCUCAACCAUCCUGCCAAGGAUGCUGGUCAGUUUUGUGACUGGAAACAAAUCCAUUUCAAUUAAUGGAUGUUUUACUCAACUUUAUUUCUUUGGGUUUCUUGCAGCUACAGAAUGUUACUUCCUAGCAGUAAUGUCUUAUGAUCGUUAUUUAGCAAUAUGCAGACCAUUGCAUUAUGCAAUGCUCAUGAAUGGUAGAAUUUGUGUCCAGCUAAUUGCUGUAUCAUGGAUAAGUGGUUCACUGGGAGUCAGUGCCAUCAUAUAUUUAGUGUCACAACUGAGUUUCUGUGGACCCAACAAAAUUAAUCAUUUCCUCUGUGAUCUGACCCCUGUGAUAAGACUCUCCUGCAAUGAUACCCAUAUGGUUGAAAUGACAGCCUUCGUAGUCUGCUUCAUAGUCACGCUUGCACCUUUCGUAAUAACUCUGACCUCUUACAUUUGCAUCAUAAAAAACAUCAUAAGAAUCCCAUCCACCACUGGGAAACAAAAGUCAUUCUCUACUUGUUCAUCACAUCUCACUGUGGUUUCUUGCUUCUAUGGCUCCUUGAUGAUUGUUUAUGUCCUACCAGAAAUGAAUUCCUUGGGUGAACUGAAGAAACUUUUCUCUCUGUUCUAUACUCUGCUCACCCCCUUGGUCAAUCCCCUCAUAUACAGCUUGAGGAACAAAGAAGUAAAGGAAGGAAUAAAGAAAACCUUUAAGAUGCUUUGUAGAAGUCAUUAAAAUUUUGGAGAAAAUAGGGGACCUCCAUUCCACCAACUUUUUGAUGAUUAAUGCACUUUCUUCUG